GACGCCCAAACAAAAACCCCGAGGAGGAGUGCGCAGGUUUUGACAUAAACACCUCCAGCUUACAGGGUAAGCUACUUGGCUGCAGCUUGCGUUCGAACAAGUGAGUCUUUCAAUGGCACACUCGACGGUGCACGUUAGCAGAUCGAGAGACCUCGACAAGCUCCUCCUCAGGCCCGGUCAUCUCGUCGGCCCCACCUUCGACCCAGGCACCGAAUUGAGGGACGACAUUCAAGAAUAUGUGAAGAUUUUGGUGGUUGGAGCGGGAGGUUUGGGCUGUGAGCUAUUGAAGGAUUUGGCCUUAUCGGGGUUUCGGAACCUAGAAGUCAUAGAUAUGGACCGAAUCGAGGUCUCCAAUCUCAAUCGCCAGUUUCUCUUCAGGCUUCAAGAUGUUGGAAAGCCUAAGGCUGAGGUGGCAGCAAAGCGUGUCAUGGAAAGAGUUGCUGGUGUCAAUAUUGUACCACAUUUUUGCCGUAUUGAGGACAAAGAACUUGACUUUUACAAUGAUUUCAACAUUAUUGUACUUGGGCUUGAUUCUAUCGAGGCUCGGAGCUACAUAAAUUCUGUGGCCUGUGGGUUUUUAGAGUAUGAUUCUGAUGACAACCCACGAGAAGAAACAGUCAAGCCCAUGGUAGAUGGUGGAACUGAAGGCUUCAAGGGCCAUGCUAGGGUUAUUGUUCCUGGGCUCACCCCAUGCUUUGAGUGUACCAUUUGGCUUUUCCCACCUCAAGUGAAGUUCCCAUUGUGCACUCUUGCAGAAACUCCUAGAACUGCUGCUCACUGCAUUGAGUAUGCCCAUCUAAUAAAAUGGGAUGAGGUUCAUAGUGGGAAAACUUUUGAUCCAGAUGAACCUGAACAUAUGCAGUGGGUUUAUUCAGAAGCUGUCAAGAGAGCGGAGCUAUUCGGCAUUCCAGGAGUUACAUAUUCUCUAACUCAGGGUGUUGUAAAAAAUAUUAUACCUGCUAUAGCUUCCACCAAUGCAAUUAUUUCAGCUGCAUGCGCCCUCGAAACCUUGAAGAUUGUCUCUGGAUGCAGCAAAACAUUGUCCAACUAUUUGACAUAUAAUGGUGUUGAAGGACUCCACACUAAAGUGACCGAGUUUGUGAAGGACAAAGACUGCCUUGUAUGUGGUCCUGGUGUUCUCAUUGAGCUAGAGACUUCAGUUACUUUACGAAAGUUCAUUGGUCUACUUGAAGAGCACCCUAAGCUACUCCUAUCCAGAGCAAGUGUUACGCAUCGUGGGAAGAAUCUGUACAUGCAGGCACCUCCAGUUCUCGAAGAGAUGACAAGAUCCAACCUCGAUCUUACUCUUUUUGUGCUGAUGGAUAAGACUCCAAAAGACAUUGUCCAUGUGACCGGCACCACGAGCAAGAGUGACAAGAAGACAUCAUUGUCGAUGAAACUACGCCUUGUUUUCAAGGGCGUUGAUGGGGUUGCCGAUAUGGACACGGCUGGUGGUGCGUAGUUUCUGUGCUGAUCCCAUUUUUACUCCAUGGAGGGUUUUUUCGUUUCCUUCUUUCCUCCCCCCUAUAUAUUCGACAGCAUAGAGAUGCAGGAUUUGGCGAGGUAGUUUGGAUGCCUUCUUUGUAAUACUUUUCUGGUGGUGUAAUUUGGAAAGAGCACUUGGAAAGCUGUGAAUUGGUCACCAAAGUUAAAUGAAGCAUUAGAGACUUUACUUCA